UGGGCACACAUCAAGAAGUAUUAUGUAUUCUCUUUUUUCUCUCUCUUUCUCUUUGCGUAUUUCUGCCACUCUUUCCGACUAGGUUUUCGUGAUUUGCUUCGGAGUUUAUGGUCCGAUCUUUAUGGUAUUUUAAGCAUGGUAUUCAAAUGUGUGCAAAUACCAAAUGCGAAAUACCAAUGCGAAAAAUGUAAUUAUGGGAGAAACUUGGGUAUCUAAAAUUGAAAUAUUCACCUUGUGUAUAUAAGUAUUAUUCGAGAGUAUACCCACCAAAUUUGGUGCCUUUAGCGCUUAAAAGCAACGAGAUAUUGUUUAAAAAAACAUGAUUGGGACAUGAUUAAAAUCUUAAGUAAAAAGUCCUAAUAUUGAUGCUGAUCAUAAAUAUGUCAGAGAUGCUUCCAUGUGUCUGUUGCAUACAUGGGCAUAAAACUGAUAUGCCCAUUCAGUAGUUCAGGGUAUAAAGAGCACGAAAUAAUAGAUAAUUAUUUGUGUGCUAUUGCUAUAAAGAGAGUGGCAGCCACACGCUCAAAUUCAGUUAGCGCUAAUUUCUCAAGGGCUGAACACGCAAUUUCAACAUGGACUUAGUAGUAGACUUACUAUAUGCCCGCUUCAGCCCCCUGCCGUUCAGUUAUAAUGACGGCAAAGGCUUUGGGAGUGGAGCUUAACAAGAAAUUUCUUAACAUCUUGGAGGGUGAGCAGCUGAAACCUGAGUUUGUUAAACUUAAUCCACAGCGCACAAUUCCAACGCUCGUGGACAAUGGCUUCGCAUUGUGGGAGUCACGCGCCAUUCUAAUAUAUCUGGCUGAGAUGUAUGGAAAGGACGAUUCGCUAUAUCCCAAGGAUCCAAAGCAACAGGCCUUAGUUAAUCAGCGACUUUACUUUGAUAUGGGAGUGCUGUUCAAGUCGUUCUACGAUUAUUACUCGCCAAUAUUUCGUCUAAGGAAGCUAGGAGAUCCUGAAGACUUUAAAAAGAUAGAGACUGCCUUUGGUUUCCUAAACACCUUCUUGGAAGGUCAGUUGUAUGUAGCUGGGCACAAUUUGACAAUCGCGGAUAUUGCCAUCCUGGCCAACGUUUCGUCAUUUGUGACAAUGAACUUUGAACUUAAGAACUAUCCCAACGUUGCCAAGUGGUACGAAAAUGCCCAGAAGGUAACACCCGGAUGGAACGAAAACUGGGAGGGCUUGCUGCAAAUGAGGGACUUUUUUGAAGCUAAGACAAAGGAAAUAAAGGCAUAAAUGAUGUUUUCUUGGUAUAUUAAGAAAAAUGAAAUAAAAUAAUUAUGAGCAUAUAUCUAGAA